ACACGCGAAUCUCCCAAUCAUAGAAUUGACGUAGAUAGAAACAAAGUCGAAGAAGAAGCAGAAGAUCAUCAUCCUCCCAGACAGAAAAGAAGAAGCUUCCAAGAAUACAAGAUCACGAGCAGAAUCAUGUCCAGCGGUGGUGAUGCACGCUUCUUUGCUCGGGGCAAAGUCGCCGAGCUGCGCGCCGAACUCCAGAGCGACAAGAAGGACAAGAACUUCACGAGGAAGAAGAUUGCGCUCAAAAAGAUAGUUGCCAAUAUGACCAUGAGCAAUAACGACAUGGCCGCGCUGUUCCCAGACGUCAUCCAGUGCAUGAUGAUUCCGGCGCUUGAGAUCAAGAAGAUGUGCUUCUUGUUCCUUGUAAACUACGGCCGUCUGAAGCCGGAGAUGGCACAGCAUGCCCUGCCGAUUCUGGUGUCCGAUAUGGACGAUCCCAAUCCCCUCGUCCGCGCGCUCGCCCUACGAACUCUCUCCUACAUCCACGUUCGCGAGUUCGUCGAAGCUACAGUGACGCCCCUACGCGGCCUGCUCCGAGACCCGGACCCCUACGUGCGAAAGACGGCGGCAUUCUGCGUGGCAAAGCUCUACGACCAUGAUAGAGAGCUCGUGGAGAGCUCGGUGGUCAAGAACGGAGGCGGGGGGUUGAUAGAAGGAUUGAAUGCGUUGCUGAGAGACGACAAUCCGACAGUUGUGUCGAGUGCUCUGGUAUCGCUGAUGGACAUAUGGGAGCGCAGUGAGACCAUCAAGCUCACCAUCGACCACGCAAAUGCUUCCAAGAUUGUGCAGAUUCUCCCAGACUGCUCAGAAUGGGGGCAGACGUACAUCCUGGAGGCGCUCAUGUCGUACGUUCCGCAAGACUGCAGUGAAGCCAGCAUCAUGGCAGAGCGCAUUUCACCCCGAUUACAACAUUCGAACUCGGCGGUCGUGCUCACUUGCAUCCGAAUGAUCCUCUAUCUGAUGAAUUACAUAUCCGACCCGAAGGAUAUUUCAGCUCUUUGUCGGAAACUGUCUCCGCCGCUGGUGACAUUGCUGGCCAAAGGUCCAGAGGUGCAAUACCUUGCUCUGAGGAACGCGCUGUUGAUCUUGCAGCGGCGUCCCGAGGUGCUACGAAAUGACAUCCGCGUCUUCUUCUGCAAAUACAACGACCCGAUCUACGUUAAAGUAACCAAGCUCGAACUAAUAUUCAUGCUGGCGAACGAAGACAACAUCGAGGAAGUGCUGACGGAGCUUCGCGAAUAUGCCACCGAGAUCGACGUCCACUUCGUUCGCAAAUCGGUUCGUGCUAUCGGCAAACUCGCGAUCAAGAUAGAACCUGCCGCGCGCCGUUGCAUCAACACGCUCCUCGAGCUCGUCGCGACAAAGGUUUCAUACAUCGUCCAAGAGGCCACCGUCGUGAUCCGCAACAUCUUCCGCAAGUACCCGAACCAGUACGAGUCAAUCAUCUCUACGCUCUGCGAGAAUCUCGACUCUCUCGACGAGCCAGAAGCGAAGGCGGCCAUGAUCUGGGUCAUCGGACAGUAUGCGGACCGCAUCGAGAACUCGGAUGUGCUCCUUGAAGACUUCCUCUUCUCCUUCCAGGACGAGCCGGUCGAGGUACAACUAGCCCUCCUCACCGCAACCGUCAAACUCUUCAUCCAGCGUCCCACCAAAGGGCAGGACUUGGUGCCCAAAGUCCUCAAAUGGGCCACCGAAGAAACUGACAACCCGGAUCUCCGUGACCGAGGGUACAUGUACUGGCGGCUCCUAUCGGCGGACCCUGCAACCGCCAAAAAGAUCGUCAUGGGCGAGAAACCGCCGAUCACCGCGGAAGCGGAGAAGCUCGACCCGGCAACGCUCGAGGAAAUGUGCCUAAACGUGGGCACACUAGCAACGGUGUACCUCAAGCCCGUAAACCAAGUGUUCCGUACCGCGCGGCCCAAGAAACUUAUAGAUUCGCCCGCACUGCAGAAACACCAGCUGCCCACCACCAUCGCGGCGGAACGCAGCAGACAGCUGAUCGCUGAUAUGAUGAUGACGCCGUCCUCUUCCUCGUCGCAGCAGCAAAUGCAGCUCACGCCGCAGCCGGAUCUGGCCAGCGAUAUGGCCGAUGAUUACUUUUCCACUUCGAGCCAGGGCCUCAAUCCGUUCGCGCCCGUGGGCACAGGUGGUAAUACUGGGCAAUAUGUUGUGAGUCAGUCCGCACCGCAGCAGAUGUACCAACCCGACCAGAACCAGGGGGAUCUGUUACUGCUGUAAUCAUACUAUACCGUGUAGUACGGGGGCGUUCUUUUGUUUAGUCUAGUUCUUCGAUGCUGCCUUGAGGGGAUGGAUUCUUGCACUUUAUUGUUCAAGGAGUUUUUUCUUGCUUUCGUCAAUUCUUACUUACUAGUAGUAUUUUGGCCUUUACUUAUAUACAUCUUUUGUCACUAUACUUUUUUUCACUUUUACUCUUAUCUUUUAUGCUUGCUUGCUUGUUUGUUUGUAGCUUGAUCCCCCUCUUGCUUGCUUGCUGCUUCCGAACUUUGUUGCGUUCCUUCGUUCGUUCGCUAUUGUCACUGCAGGUAACUAGGAUAGAGAAUAUGGGAUGAGCGGCCUAAAUGGUCCCGAUGGGGGCCGGGAAUGGUGGGGAGUGUAAUAUCUUUACUUUAUUGUGGGAACGACGACUGACUAUGGUUCGUGCGAGC